AUGAGCCCCGUGCUGGUGUACCCGACGGCGAGGGCCCCUCGGCAGCGCUUGGAGGACGGGGUGCAGAAGCGGCUGGAAGACGAGGCCGCAAGAUACUGGGACGCCUUCUACCGCGUCAACGAGGACCGCUUCUUCAAGGACCGGCACUACCUCGCCGCGGAGUUCCCGGAGCUCGCCGCGGGCCCCUGCGUGGUCCUCGAGGUCGGGUGCGGCGUCGGCAACACCGUGGCGCCGCUCCUGCACGACAACGCGCAGGCCGCCGUGCACUGCUGCGACUUCUCCCCGCGCGCGGUCGAGAUCGUCCGCGCCCACGAGAUGUACGCGACGGGCCGCGUGAACGCCUUCGUCGCCGACAUCGUGCGCGACGACCUGCCCCGGACGGGCGGCGUCGCUCCGGGCUCCGUGGACGUGUGCACGAUGAUCUUCGUGCUGUCCGCGGUGGCGCCGCGGCGCAUGCGGGCGGCGCUGGCCAACGUCGCGCAGUGCUUGAAGGAGGGGGGGGGUGUUGUGGCGUUCCGGGACUACGCGGAGGGGGACCUUGCACAGAUGCGCUUCACGGGGGAGUGGCAGCGCGGCGGGGGCGCGUCGGUGCGGGAGAGGCGGCGGCAGAUGGGCAGCGACGAAGGGCGGUUCUACGCGCGAGGCGACGGCACGUGCUGCCAUUUCUUCAACGAAGAAGACCUCGCGGCUCUGUUCGAGUCUGUCGGGUUCGAGCGUCGGUACGUCAGAACCAUCGAAAAAGUGGUGGAGAACAAAGCCAAGAAGGUCUCGAUGUAUCGGAGGUGGAUCCAGGCAGUGUUCGUCCUGCGGGAUCGGCAGCGAGCGCAGGAGGUGCUGCGGCAGCCCCGCAGUCCGUCGUCGGAGCCCUCCCAGCCCGCACGCGACGAGGGGGCACAGGUCUCCUGCGGACACAUCUGGCGCGAGUUCGUCGCCCGGCUGGCCAGCGUUGGCGAGUGCCCUGCCGCGGGACGCUCCGUCCGCGUCUUGCACGCCAGCGAGGAUGACGGCCGCGAGGGCUGCGGCUGCACUCUUGAAUGCAGCAGGCAAGGUGCUUCGUUGAAAGGCCACGGAGGCGCCGAAGUCGUGUUUUUCUGCGACAAAAUCACACAUCCAGAUCCAGAUGACAUCAUGCGGCGCUGUGCCGCCGCCAUGAAGCGCCACGUUGGCGCCAGAGCCUAUUUGAUGAUUGACUGCGACACUGCGCAUCCGCUCUCCCACGACCUGGGAGAAGCCGCGCGCCUGCGGGGCCUGCGCACGCCAGCCGCCAACGGCUUCGAGCGCUGGGCCCUCGGCGGCGCCCCUGUGCACCUCUGUCUGCUCCAGUGGCACCCGCUGUCCCUCUGA